GUUUAAGGCAACGUGCUGGGUCUACUGAAGCUCCGAGAGGAGGAACCGUUAAUGAAGCUGGCCUUUUUGCACUGCGAGGAAAGCAGCAGCAGCAUCAGCAGCAACAACAGCAGGAUGGCAGCAGACGAAAUAGAAGGACAACGACCAGUACAACAACGAGCACCUCGACCUUGACGUCAUUUCCAGAUGAUGUGGCACAGCCCGCGGCACUUUUAGCCCCCAAUGAAGAAUCAUGGACGACGAAUUCACCAACCACAAGCGACGUACUGUACCUUGCCUUGGCAACGUCCUCCAAGUCCCCCAUCGAGCUCGUUGUAAAGCCACACAGCAAAGUCAUUCUACCCUGUGAACUCGAAGGGAACUACUCAAAACUUGUACAGCCUGAAGCCAGAAGUUACAGGAUAGAACCAGCGACUUGGCUUCAUGAUGAUAAUCCAGUGGAUAUGAUUACUAUCGACACAAGGACAGAAAUGAGUGGAACGGGUCAUAGAUAUAUCGGAGACUCUUCAACCGCUGCUUUGCAUAUCGACAAUGUCAGAUUAGAAGAUGAUGGAAUUUGGAGUUGUAGUCUUAAAGACGGCCAAGGAAAAUUACUUACCGGCCGACCUGUAAAGUUAGUCGUACUCGAGGCGCCUCGAGGGACGUAUUUGUUGAUAGAUGGCCGAAGGUUGGAUCCAGGAAAUCAGUUUGUACCGGUGAAAGAGGGCUCGGAACUGACACUCGAGUGUGCAGUGGAUGGUGGUAACCCACCUCCAAUUCUUGCCUGGGGCAUGACUUUAUCUCAAGCAACAUUGGAUGGUCCUGAACAACCACCAGACAAUCUCACCAUUUUACCAAACACUUCUGGUCGACAUAGUGGAGCACAUCUCAAAGUGUUAAGGGGUCAUCAUAAUGCCACCAUUAUUUGUGUCGCUCGACACGUCACACUUCCAACUCCACUCAACGCCAGUAUUCUACUUGACGUUCAAUAUACUCCAUCUUUUGCCAUUACGAGAUUACCAGGAUUCGGCGUACCUAUUGUUGAGAGAAUGUCCGUCAGUCUAAAAUGUGAAGUCGACAGUAAUCCGGCAAGUGCUCCAAUUUGGCAACGUGAUAAUGGACCACCACCAGUGGAGCAGAGUGAUGACGGAUGGCUAAACUUUACAAAAAUCAGUCGCAACGAAACUGGCUGGUACAAAUGUUACACGCGACACAUGUUGGGAAUUUUCACGAGCAUCGGCUACUUCCUCAACGUACGCUAUAAUCCGGAAAUAGAUACGGAAACAAAAUUGGUAAAUGGCGAGGUAACGGGUUCACGAAAAAUGGAGGUACAAAUUGGAGGUGCCGUUACAUUGGAAUGUGAUGGCGGAUGCUGGGGACAUGGUCCAGACAUGGAUCCUGUUGGUGGUCCAGGACCACUUGCCCUCAAUCGUGUUGUUUAUCAAGAAGCUGGUGAAUACAAAUGCGUUGCACCAGAUCCUAAAUUACAAAAUACAUGGCGAGCUCAAUUACCUUAUCAAAUUAAGGUUACAGGUCGCCCCAUAAUUCAUCCACUUUCACAGAAUUUAAUGGCAUACGAGGGUGAAUCAUUGGAUGUGAUAGUUGAAUUUUGUGCCGAGCCGUCCUACACAAAGAUCCUAUGGAUGUCGGAGAAAUAUGUUUACAUACCCGGCAGUGAAACACGUGAUGGAGUCCACGCGCUAACGAUAGAGGACGGCGGAACGGAGGCGUGUUACAGAACUAUUCUACGCUUCGAGUCCAUCCAGAGGUCGCACGCCGGGGAAUGGCUACUUCUCGUUCGGUCACCGGAAGGGAUUGCGGACGCUUCCGUUUUACUGAACGUGACGAGGGCAUCCGGCUACAGUCACGCCCACUUCCGAUCGCCGAGUCUCACGAAUCUUCUUCUUUGCUUGAUCCUUGGUUUUCUUCGUCAUCAUUGAAAAUAUUACAAACGUAUGAAAAAUUAAAUUAUAUUAAAAAAAAAAAAAAAAAAAAAAAAAAAAAAAAAAAUGCCAACUAAUUGAAGAUCUUGUUAGACGUGCGUUUUUCAUGGAAAAUUUAAGUGCGAGCUCAGUAUUAAAAAAAAAACAGAAAACAAACCCAAUCUCGAGACGCAUGAAUUCCAAAUUAGACCUCACGGAAGUUUUUUUUACGAAUAAAAAAUUAUUCGAAUUUUUAUUUGGAAGAAUUUUAUAAUGAAUUCUUAUUUCACUAAAACUUCAUUUUCCCGAAAUUUCAUUUGACCGAAAUUGCAAAUGUCCGAACAAAUAUCAAAAAAAAAAGUUCCGCGGGAAUAUAAGAAAUCGCAAAUAUAAAUUCUUCAAUAUAAAAAUUAGUCUCAUAAUAUCUACUUUAUAAAAUUCUCCUAAAUAAAAAUUCACUAAUUUUUAAUUCGACACCAAAAAAAAAAAAAAUUCCUACAGAUUGAACAUUUGUGCGUCACCCUAAUCUCCAAUACUAAAAAUCUUAUACAAAAAUAGGGAGGGGAGAAAAAAAUUUGCCUUCUGACACGAUUUUCAAAUUUAGUCCACACAAUAUAUUAUAUAUAAAUAUAUAUAUAUAUAUAUAUAAUAAAUACCCUUAAAGUCAAAUCAAACUCUUUCAUCAUCUUUAAAAAAUAAUAAUAAUAGAAUUUUUUCGUUAUUUUAUGCAAUCAAUGUCAAAUUGUACAGCUCAAGGAAAAAUUAUUAUUGUCAGAAAAGUUUUCUUCAAUUAAAAAAAAAAAACAAAAAAAAAAAACUAUAGGUCUUCCUUGGAUGCACGUACUAUUAAUGAAUUGAAUGCCAAUAAACUUGACGGCCUUUAUUCUUAAGGUUAAGAAAAGAGAAAGAAAGAAGAAGAAGAAAUAAACACUGCAUAGUAUCAAAAUUAAGGAUGCCUUUAAAAUUAUACCUUUUUUUUAAUCCGAAAUCAAAGAAAAUAGGGGAAAAUACAAUUUAGUAAAUAAUUAAAUUUUACAAAAAUAACCGAGAAGAAAGUUUUGUUAUUGUUAAUAAUUAAAUUUCAGAAUUAACGAUAAUUAAUAUAUACUAAAGGGUUUUUCUAAACCCGUAUAUAUAUAUAUAUAUAUUCCUAAAUAUAUACUGAUAAUUAUAAGAAUUAAAAAUAAUUUAAAAAAAUAAUAAUAAAAUUAAUAAAAAUAAAAAAAGAUAUUUUGGAAUGAAAAAGUAAUUAAAAGCAUAGGAAAAAGUUAAUAACAAGCUUUCGUGACUUUUAAUAAGAACCGUCCUUUCUAAAAUUAAAAAAGCAAUUUCUUCAAAACUUUUUUGUUCUUAAAUAAGAAAAAAAAAAAAUUUCCUUUUUUUUCCAAUGAAAAACUGCAAUCAUUGGUGAAAGAAGAAAAGUCCCGUUUUAUUUAUACAGAGAAAAAGUUAGAAUCAAAGAUCCAUUACUUUAAUUAUAAAGGAAUGUACCUUUAAUUCAAAAGAAUUGUGCAAAAAAAAAAAGAAAACUUUCUUCCACGGUUAUAUUACUUUUACUACUAUUUGCAAUUACUUUGACAAAAGUCUCAAUCAAAAUCAAAAGUAGAAAAUAAUUUUAUUAUAUAAAAAAAAAAAAAUGUAUUUUCCUUGAGAAAAGCAAUAAUUUGCAUCUCUAAUGUUGAUACAUUCAGUGAAUAAAAAAGCAAAAAAUAAGUGAGAAAUGAAAAAUGAAAAAAAUAUGUAGCAUAACGCUGGGCUUGUCUUGAGAUUAUUGCUAUAUAAAUAUAUUGUCAUACUUGUUAAAGCGAUGUAAAUAAUUGUAUAGAUGAUUUGUAUGUAGGGCGGAAUUUAUAUAUAUAUACAUAUAUAUAUAUAUAAAUUAUAAUGAAUAAAUAGAAUAAAUCAAGGUGUAUAUCAGAAAUGUAUGAAUGUGUGUAUGAAACGAAACAGAAAAAAAAAAUAUACGAUGACAAAUAUUAUAAAAGACGUAUGGUAAAAAAAUAAAUUUCAUCGAAAUCUUUCUACUUGGUGCAUUGAAAAUAAUUCCAUAAUUCGGAUAAUAAUCACAAUUAAAUUUAAUGCUCAAAAUUUUGUAACUUGAAUUUUUUUUUCACAAAAAUUCUUAUUAAAGUUACAUUUUGUCGAGCAAAAGAAAAAAAAAAUUGUGAAUAAUCUUUGAAAAUUACCUAACUAGAAAGUGUUUAGUGAAAUCAAAAAAAAAAAAUUGUUUUACCAAAUCGCAUUUGGUGAAUGAAGAUAAAAAAAAAAAUCUUCCCAACAAUUGUGAAGUUACAUUCUCGGGAGAUAUUAUAAAUAUUAUAAAUAUAUUAUAGGUAAAUUAACAAAUUGUUGUAUAUGAUCCUAGAUAAGUAGAUUUGUAACAUGUAUAUAGGAAAAGAAAAAAAAAACUGUAAAGGCUACGGUUAACGUGUGCCGAGCGACGAAUUAUACAGUAAUAAUGUUAGAGAUAUAUUUGACAUUUGUUGAUAUAUUUUUAUAAAGUUUUAUUUAGAGAUAAGUUCUCAUUCGUCUCCCAAUUCUUUUAAAUGUUAUCCUUCAAAAAAAAAACAAACUUUUACGAAUUCAGGUUUGAAGCAAAAAAAAAUAUAGUCGUAAAUUGCGUAGAAAAAUACACACACACACACACAUACAAAACAGAUAAAUAAAAAAGAGGAUAGAAAAAUCCUGCGAGUUGAAUUUUUCCUUUUUUCUUAUUAGGAAAAAAGUAAAUAAAUUUUAGGUGUAUAAAUAUAUUGACUCAAUUUUUUAAAAUAAUAUGGGCACGACAAAUUUUUUUAUUAUUAUUCGAAAAAGUGUCUAAAUGUAAAUUUGAAUAUUUUGAAACAAAAAUAAAUCACUAUCGUCGAUUUUAUUUUGUAAUGCUCUUUCUAUCAAAGAUGCAUAUCUAGACACACAUACAAAUUCAAGUUCCUUUUCAUCGAUUCGAUGUUUUUCCUAUACCGCGUUUCAUGAGGGUCUUCAAAAAAAAAAAAAAAAACUUAUGAAUGUGUUCAUAUGUAAUAAACGCUGAUUGAGCCGUGCAAUAGAUCCCGAUUGUGAAAAUAAAAAAAAAAAAAUGAAAACUCACAUCAACUGAAUAAAUAAGUUUUUUGUGCGAAA